AUGUCUCGUUCCAUUAAUCUAUCCAAGGUCAUUGUCCUCGCCCUCGCCCUCCGACUCGUCCUCGCCCUCACACCGCUGCCUGCGCUCCUUGCUCACCGACCCGAACUGGCCACUGUCCUCACCUCCUCCUACGCCGCCAAGGAAGCCGUCUCCAUCACCACAAGCCCAAGCUCAAGCUCAUCAUGGUCAAGUUCAUUGUGGGCAACUUUUUUUUCGUCGGGCACUUUGGAUUCGGCAUCCUUUUCUCCGCUCUCCGUUUUGUAUUCGGGCAACUCGACGGCGCCUGUUCACUUUCCUCCGCUCCUCCUACUUGCGCUCAAAGGCCUCGCUGCAACUACAUCGCCGUCUAUGCCGGCUCUUCUCCCGCACUUUGCCCUCAUUGCUCUUGCCUCGCUCGCCGAUGUGGUGGCUGCUCUCGCUCUGGCUGACGCUGGCUCGCUCAUGGUGGGUGUGGCUCUCUCGCCAGACCUCCUCGCUGCGCUCUAUCUCCUCAACCCGCUCUCGCUCCUCACUGCUCUCGCCGGAUCGCUGGCGCCACUCUCCAAUGCUGCCGUUGUUGUUGCUCUCGCUGCUGCACUUCGCCGCCGCGUCAUCCUCGCCACCGCUGCUCUCGCCUCUGCCAUCUACCUCGCCGUCGCGCCGUACACGCUGGUCCUCGGCCUCGGCAUGGUCCUCUCCAAGACGACCGGCAUCUCGUGUGGGCGCGGCCUUGCCCUUGCCGCAGCCGGCACUGCCGCCUGGCUCGCCGUCUUUGCCCUCGCAUCGACCGCGUUGGCAUCGGGCUCGUGGGCCUGGCUCAAGGUAGCGUACGGACCUAUCGUCGGCUUCUCGGCGCUCCGGCCCAACGUCGGCAUCGGCUGGUACCUCCACACCGAAAUGUUUGAGCACUUUCGCACCUUUUUCCAGGCCUGCUUCCAUGGCUAUGCCGCCAUAUUUGCCCUCCCGCUCACCCUCCGCUUCGCGGCCUCGCCCGUGUACCUCUACACGCUGCUCGCGGGCGUCGCCGCCACCUUUCGCCCCUAUCCACAGAUGGCCGAUAUGGCCACGUACCUCGCCAUUGCUGCCCUUCAUGCCGCUCUUGUUCCGCGCAUGCGCUACGCCUUUCUCACUCUCAACCUCAUGAUCUUUGCCUGUGCCGUCCUCUUCACCUUUUGGCGCGUCUGGGUCGUUCUCGAGGUCGGCAACGCCAACUUUCUCAACAACGCCAACCUUGUCUACUGCAUGGCCAACGUCUGGUUCCUCCUCGACUUUGUCUACGCCAAGGCCGAGGCCGAGGCCACGAUGGCGACUGCCUCGCCUCACAAAGCCUGAGCUCGGCCCUGUU